AUGGACGAAGAGGAGGCUGAACUUCGUAGUCCCUUUCCCUCACCUCCAUCCCACUACAACAAUUAUACAUCGCAUAACCUGAAGUUACUUACUCUGCUCAAGGAACGAGUCGGGGAUCAAAAUGCUGAUCUCGGGAUAGUGAACCAGCACGAACUACUCUCAGAUCAAACCGAUGUACCCACAUGGUCGCUGGCCCAGCUCGAGAAACCACGAGUAGACUGGGUCCUUGAGGAAGGCCAUUAUAGCGUCUUCGGCGAUACGUGGUUUGUGAAAGAGACCAUCCCAUCUCUAGCCGAACUUGGUGGACAUCAGCUUUACCCUCCUGACCCAAGUGUAGAUCGGCGGCCUGCGCUUCUUGCUGUCCUGAGGUCCAUCCUGGUCACAUACUCCAAUUUGACAAACGCAAUUCUUGCACCACCACCACCACCUUCAUCCUUGGCACAACCAGAAUGGCAACGCCAGCUGGAGUGGAUAACGAUACUUGCCCAGAAUCUGAUGGCAGCUGCAAAUGAUCUACGGCCCGUCCAGGCUAGAGGAAAUCUUGAACUCAUGAUGCAACGACAGCUGGAGCUGAGGCGUGAGGAAACAAAGAACAUUCACUCGCAAUGUGAUAUUCUCGAAGCUCGGCUGUUGGAGCUACGUUCUUCAGCUCAGGAAAUGGCGGGUUCAGACCAGAGGCAGGCUGCGAAACCUAGCAGUUCUCAGGUACAGACAUCCACGGCUAACGUGUCCCUUGAAGACAUGUUGCGUUGGGCAGAAGAGGUCCCAUAA